CUCAUGCUCCAGGCCCUGGCUCUCGGCCCAGACACUGUUGACUGUUCCAUGGAAACCCUGGCCUCUGUUUGGGGCCAUGACCCCAUUGACCUCAGCGACCUCGGAGAGCAGCGUGACGAGUCAUCGCCCGAAUGGGGCUCUUCUUUCUCCAAGAGUCCAAUUUGUCAAGAAUGCCCUGCCCUGCUCCAGGACACUCUGCUGCAGAGGGAGGAGGAGCUGGCCAGGCUGCAGGAGGAGAACAACAAGCUCAGAGCAUUCCUCAAUUCCUCCUUUGUGAGAAACCUGGAACAAAAGGCAAAGAAACUAACUGCUGAUGGGAGGAGGAAGCUGAAGAGAAGCCUGGCUUGCUUUGACAGUUUCUGUGGUGAUCAGCGAGCGCCCCCCCAACAAAUCAGCAAAAGAGUCUGCAGGAACCUCACUGCCCAGUUCUGCUCUGAGUCUUUAGAGACAUCUGCUUGCUCAGAACCAAACCUGGACCUCUGGGUCCUUCGAACUCUGGGACUGAAGGAUCGGGACACCAUCGAUACAUCCGAGGAGUCCUCCUCUGAGUGGAGCCUCAGGAGUUUGGUUUACGAUACUGCCGUCAAUCCAUCCUCAUUCCCAGAAUGCAAUCCCAACUCUUCUUUCGGCCCUCCGGUCAUCACAUCCACAGACACUUCAGUCCACAGUUACUGUCAAAGAGCAACACAUGAAACCAGCUGUAGGUACAGUGCUGCUGAAUGCCAAGAAGCAAACUGUGAAAAUCCUCCUGAGUCAGCUUCAAACUGCCCAGACGACUUCACUGCCGCUCGAGUGAGCACACAUUACGAGUUUCCUGAAGCCACGACCAGGACCUACAGCGCCCCGUCUGCUGAGACCUGUUCUCUCACUGCCUUCAGUCAACUCCAAAAUCCUGCUGACCAUCACUCUUACUGGUCUUCACUACAAGAAACCCAGACACCAUCACAAGACACGAUCCAGUUCAACCCACCAGCAGAAAGAGUCUUCCCCCCUCCCGUGUUGCCUUCAGGUGCAGACCAACCCAGGAGUUCUGCUAGUGGCUUCAUUCCAACGAGCCCAUGUCAUCCUCCGGCAGCCCCACAUACGCCUCGCAACCGGACAGAUUUGGCAUUCAGCAUGUCCCUCAGUCCGUCCAGCAGCGUCAAGACCCACAGCUUCCCCCAGGGACAGGCCUUUGUCAGAAAGGACGUGGAGGGCCGGUGGAACUUUACCUGGGUUCCCAGACAAGAACCGUAG